AUGAUAACGUAAUUGCAUCAGCCGUGUUGGCCUAAACAUUACGAAUAGGGGAAUGGCAAUUGAUUCUGGAAUUAUGCGACAAAAUUCUGGGACCUAUUAUGUGGUGUGCAAUUUUACUGCUUUUUUAUCUGCGCCACGAUAAUGAGCUCUGUUGAAGGCGUCAAAGAUCAAGAGAUAUUGGUGAAGUAAUAAUAAUAAUGUUCAUUGUAUGGUCAUGACAUGUGUGACAAUUCAAUUAAAAUUGUCAACAAUCUUAUGACGGUCAAUCAAUGUUUUUAUUAUAAAAACCUGACUUCUUUAAUAUUCUACGGAAAAUUAAUAGAAUUCAUAUCAUUGUUCUUUUCUUUCUAUCGACAUUUUCGGUUAGUGAUUUUAAUCAAUUUUCGAUGCAAUUACCGCAAUGAUUGGUAAGACUAUCCAACAUGUUAUCAUUCGUCCCAUUUGGUUUGUGGUAUCCACUCAUCACCAGUGAAUAAAUUAAAUACUUAUUACUGUAUUUAGGGAAUGAUAAUCAUCACCUCCGGCAAUGAAAAAAAAACAUUAUUUUCGUCGUUGAUUUCUUUAAAAAAUGAUUCGCUCGAUAAAUUCACACUCAUUUUCAUAUUGAUUAAUUUUUUAUUAGUCUCGCAAUUAUUUGCAGUCGGUUCGCUCUAAUAAUUAUUAAUAAAAAAAGAAUUGGACCAACGCGUGUCUAGAUAAAAAAAAACAUAUUUUCUAGCAAAUCUCCACUGAUCCAAACCGCAUUGACCCAAAAUAUUAUACAAUUUUAAUCAUGCUCACAAUCACGAUGAUUUUGUUAAAAAAACAUUCAUUGUGGAUCAAUAACUCAUUCAUUGGAAAGGCGAAAGGUCUUUCUAAAAAUUUUAUGAGUUCUCUCAUGUAAAUCGUAAUGAUUACGACAAAAAAAUAUUUAAAAACAGUAAACAGUGAAGACCCGACAAGUCUCGCGUUCUUCCACCCCCUCCCCCCUCUACUCCGAAAACCAAAGAUUUUCAACAAUUCAGCAGGAAAUACGCCAACUUCAUCAAGUGAUACAGAGUAAUAUCGGCUUACUACCAUUGACCCAACGAUAUCCCAAAUCCAAGUAAUUUCCGAACAACCACAAAACUGUCUUCAUCUCCUUAAAACAGAUACUCGCAGUUCCGUUUUAUGACAUCGAGCCAGAAACCCACCCGUCGCGGUCAUAUCUCCCUCUGGAAUCUAAUCCCUCCCCCCUAUGCUCCUAUUUCUCAGCAUAAUGCAAUACAAUUAAUUUCAACGAGCACGAGCGUAGGAUAUUGUGGACAAAUUUCAUUUCCGCCUGAGUAACACAUCAAUUCCAUGUCAUCAUUGUACGUAUAACAUCAGAGCAUUUAUUUGAACUCAACUUCAACAACAAGAUUUCAGUUCUCCAUGUUCAACCGUUGGAAAAUAUUUACUAAAACAAUGAAAAAAUGGUAAAGUAGCAGAGUAUUACCGAAUAAUUAUCGUAACAAUGUAAAUAAAUUCAAUUUUCGACAAUUGUGGGGAAUAUUUUUGACAUUGGAAUCCAAUCGAGGACCCAGACGUCUCCGGGAAGUGCGAAAACACUUGGGCUGUUUAUGACCGAAACAGCUCAACACGUGGAUAACCCCAAGGAGAAAAGGGCCUUGUCUUUGGGUCGGACCUCACACCCUGGACAAGUCGAGGGCGGGAACACUCUAAAACGGUCUCUCGAGGACAGCCCACGGGAUUUCAAGCCAGUAGUCUUUAAACAUGACUUUUCCUAAAAAUUGCAUUUGACUAAAUCGGAAUAAAGAUUGUGACAUUUGAUUAAGUAGUGCAAGUCAUUAAUUUGCUAUACAAUUAUCAGCGCUUUCCGUCAAUAAUCUAUAAACAAUUUCGUCCCAACAUAAAAUCAUUUUGACGACAAAAAUAAUUUUUUUGACCUGGAAAAAAAUUGAAUUAAAUUACCCAAUGUCACCAGAAAUAGAUUUAAUGUGUAGAAAAACGAAUUCUCAGGAAGUUUUAACAAUUGAACGUUAUUUAUUUGUGAAGAAUAAAUUUAAUGAUUGAAAAAUUAUUCAUUUCAGCGUGAAAUCUGCACAACAUUGUCCAUAGUAGCCCAAUAUUUUUGCGCUCGUGACCUUUUCGUGUGCAGAAAGGCAAAUACAUUAUCAUUUAUUUUACGAGACGUGUGCUGCGAUGUGGGAGAGGGUACCUCCUAUAGGCUCUCAGCCAAUCUAUGAUUGUUGCCCGCGUUGGGCCGGGGACCCAUCGGCAGUUGUCGGUAUAUAAUGAAAGCACUAGCGAGCAAAUAAACCUAACAUUUGUUCCUCGUGGCAGUGAUUAAAUCAAUUACAAUCGGCUUGGCUAGAGUUGAGUACACUUCGUCGUACUGUCAUAUCAGCUUUAAAAACCUUUUAUCGGAAUUGCUCAUUGCGACAGUAUUUUUGUGAAAGCAUUUGGACAAUUUGAUAUUUUUGAAAACUGUUCGUACUUCGCUAACAGAAAGUGAUCGUCCAUUCACUCGACUAGAAAUUGAUAUUCAGAAGUUCGUGGAAGAUUGAGUGUGAGGCAACAGCUACCAUUCUAAGUCUUUGAUUAUCGAGUUUCAGUAUUUUUUACCUUAAAAAAAAAUGGAAGAUGAUAAGAGGCUUCUACCCUCAUGCACGAAUUUACCAUUGGAUCCGGAUGGAUUGGAGGAGCUAGUGGAUAGAGCCAAAGAUUGGGCUCUCAUGCAUGGUAUGGGUGUACGCCCUACCAGUAAUACAACAAAAGAUAUAAUUCAAUUUGCUCCGUUUGCACUUCUACCAUCGGUAUUUCCACGAAAGGAAUUCGAGGAUGCAUGCGAAAUUCAGGCUAUUUUGAAUACACUGAUGCACCGAGUUGCUCAUGAUUACGAAUUUUUGAAAGGAACACUGGAGGGUGUUGUUAUGGUGGAUUCAUUCACAAGAAGGCUCUUUCAAAUAUACGAAAAUGUUUAUACAGAGGGCUUCACUCAAAAAGUGUCAUUGGGCUUGUUGAGGUCAGAUUUGAUGCUUGAUUCGCGAUGCAAGGAGAAUAUCACUUUACAAAAGCCCUUUUGUUGCUGGAAACAAGUGGAGAUUAAUACAAUGGCGUCUGGAAUGGCCUGGCUGGGACCCAUUACCACAGAAUUUCAUAAAUUCAUUUUGACUGAACUUGGCUUGAAGAAUUUAACGAAAUAUUUGCCUGUUAAUAACGCACUUCAAGGAAUUUGUAGGGCCAUGGUCGACGCCUGGAAGAUAUACAAUCACCCGGAAGCUGCUAUAUUAUUCAUCGUCGAGGAUUUUUCCUUCAACAUCUGCGAUCAGAGAUUUCACGAGUUCGAGAUAAAACGCCAGAAUCCGAAUAUCCGAGUUAUCAGAAGGACAUUGACUCAGUUGGCUAGCGAAGCGCAACUUAGUCCCAAGAAAGAACUUAUAGUAAAUAAUCGAAUAAUCGCGGUGGUUUACUUCAGAUGUGGAUACGAACCGGGUCAAUAUCCAACAGAUAAAGAGUGGGAGGUGAGGCUAUUGAUUGAGAAAUCACUAGCUAUUAAAUCACCGUCGAUUCAGUACCACCUAGCUGGUACAAAAAAAGUUCAGCAGGCAUUGGCAAAGCCCGGAGUAUUGGAACAAUACUUAAAAAAUCAAAAAACAGUUGAACGUGUCAAAGAAAUAUUCACAGGAUUAUAUGCACUGGAAGUGAAUGAGAAUGAAAAUACAAUUGUGGAAAUGACGAUGGCAGAUCCAGAACGUUUUGUUCUGAAGCCACAGAGAGAAGGCGGAGGCAAUAACGUGUAUGGGCUUGACAUCAGGGCCCUGCUGGAGUCCAUGAAAAGCCCUCAGGAGCGGUUGGCGUGGAUUCUCAUGGAUAAAAUUCACCCGCCACCGCAAUUGAAUUAUAUCGUACGUGCGGGCAGCUCUGACAGUCUUCAGCUCAAACGAGUUAUCUCCGAACUCGGUAUUUUUGGUGUUAUCAUUGGAGAUGAUAAAACGAUAUUCAGUAAUAAACAAGUCGGUCACUUGUUGAGAACUAAGGUCAAUGGAUGUAAUGAAGGGGGACUGAUGAGUGGUACUGCAUCCACUGACAGUCCUUUCUUGAUUGAUUAAGGGAAAUGGAAAUUCAAUGUUUUAAAAAUUUUUGUGUAAAGUGUAGGUGAUGUGGGUGUCAAUAAAUGUUUAUGAAUUUCAAGUGGUGCUUUGGUUAAUUUAACGAGUAUUGGGAAAACCUGAACUUUUAGGGAUUGCAAUUUUCA